CAACAACAACAACAACAACAACAACAAUGUGUUCAGCUGAGAGUCUGAGAGAGUUUAUCAACCAGCGACUAACGGCUGCUGCGGAAGACAUUUUUGUAGUUUUUAAAAGAACUAUCGUCGAGUACGAGGAAGAGAUCGAUCGUCAGCGCAGACUGCUGGAUAUAGAUUUGAAACCUCACAUCACCUUAUACAGAACAGUUCUCCCACAGCAACAUGUGUGUAAGGAGGAGGAGGAGGAGGUUCUGGUCGACCAGCAGCUCUGUAAUCAGGAGAGGAACUCCAGUCCGGACCAAGAAGAGCCAGAGCCUCCACAGAUUAAAGAGGAGCAGCAGGAACACUGCAGCAGUCAGGAGGGAGAGCAGCUCGUACUGAAGCAGGAGACUGACACAUCCAUGUUGACUCUUACUCAUGAGGAGAGAAACCACAGUGAAGCACAACUACUAAAUGAACAUCAGCCCAUUUCUAACAACUCUCAUGAUGCUGAGGAUCAAGAUCCAGAAGGAAGCGAGCUCGGAGACUCAGAAUCAACUAGAAAAUCAGAACCAAAAAAAAAACUUCCCAAAAGAAGAAGUCAGAACACUGAAACAUCAGAGACUGACUGUAAUCUUCACCAGGGGGAAAAGUCUUUUAAAUAUGACACGUGCGGCAAAUCUUUUAAGCAAAAGUCAGGAUUACAAAACCAUCUUAGUGUCCACAGAGGUAGGAAGACCGAUACUUGCAAUACUUGUGGGAAAAUAUGCAGUUCAAAAUCAAUGCUGAUAAUUCAUAAAAGAACUCACACAGGUGAGAGGCCUUACUCCUGCAGCAUCUGCGAUAAAAGAUUCAUCUGCCAGAGGACAUUGAAUCGGCACAACAUAAUUCAUAAAGGUGAAAAGCUGUUUACCUGCACAACAUGCAGCAAAUCAUUCAGAAGAAAAUGUCAUUUAACAAGCCACAUGACAACACACACAGGUGAGAAGCCGUUUACCUGCACAACAUGUGGGAAAAAAUUCACUCAGAAACGGUCGUUAAGUUCACACAUUCACAUUCACACAGGUGAGGGGCUAUUGUUUACCUGCACAACAUGCAGCAAAACUUUCAGAAAAAAAAGUCAUUUAACAGACCACAUUAGAAUACACACAGGUGAGAAGCCGUUUACCUGUACAACAUGCAGCAAAUCAUUCAGAUUAAAACGUAAUUUAACAAUCCACAUUAGAACACACACAGGUGAGAAGCCGUUUACCUGCACAACAUGCAGCAAAUCAUUCAGGUUAAAACGUAAUUUAACAAUCCACAUUAGAACACACACAGGUGAGAAGCCCUAUUCAUGCAAAACAUGUGGGAAAAAAUUCACUCAGAAAUCUUCCUUAAGUUCACACAUUGACAUUCACACAGGUGAGAGGAUGUUUACCUGCACAACAUGCAACAAAACUUUCAGUAACAAAACAUCAUUUAACAGCCCACAUGUCGGAAAAGAUUUACGAUGCCGGCAACUUUGAAUCGUCACAUUCGCUCUCAUACAGGUGAAAAGGCGUACAUCUGUGGUACCUGUGGGUCAUCAUUCAGCAGGAGAGGUUAUUUGAAUAAUCACAUUGAACAAAUUCAUACAAGAAGCCGUUUACCUGUAGCAAAUCUUUUAGAUUUAAAAAAAAGUUUGAUAGUCCACAUGCAUGGACACAGGUGGGAGGCCGUUUACCUGCACAACAUUCAGCAAACCUUUCACAUUAAACAGUACUUUGACAACCCACAUGAAAAUACAGACAGGUGAGAGGCCUUUCUCCUGUAGCGUCUGCAAUAAAAGUUUCAUUCGCAAAUCAGUAUUGACAGCUGUUUACCUGCACAACAUGCAACGAGUCUUUCAGAUUUAAAAGUAAUUUGACAGGACACAUGAGAACACACACAGGUGAGAAGCCUUACUCCUGAAGCACCUGUGGGAAAGGAUUUGCGCUGCAGUCAACUUUGACUCGUCACAUUCGCUCUCAUACAGGUGAAAAGCCAUCCACUUGUGGUACAUGUGGAAAGUCAUUUAGAUAAGCACAUAGAAAUUCAUGAAGGUUAAAAUGGUUUACCUGCAAAACGUGCAGCGGGUCAAAGUUUGUGGUGACCUGACGGUUCACAUGAGAAGAUCUCACACAGGUGAGAUGCCGUACCUUUGUAAGUUCUGGAAAGAUUCUUUGAUUCUAUUUUUUGAUCAGAUGAAACCACAUGCAGAUAAGAAGUUAUGAGUAUGCAGAUGUGAUUUGGUUCAAGUGAUGGCUCUGAAUCAACACUGAGGAUUUCUGUUCAUCAGACCUGCAGAUGCCCGUGACUAACAAUCAAUAAAUUGCAUAUUGUAACUUUUGAUGUAAGUUGCCUAAUCACAGUUUAGCUUAUUUUAAGAAAAGUUACAGAGUUAACCCUUGUUUUUAAAGUACCAUUUCUUUUGAUUUAUAAGAUUUAUUUUUGGGGCGUUUAGCUUUUAUUUGAAAGGACAGUGUAUUGAGUAGGAAACCCGGGCAUCACAGAGUGGUGAUUGACAUUCGUGAAAGGAGUCACAGGUCUGACCCUAACCCAGGACACCCACUUGGAGUAUUAUAUGACCCGUACAUUUGGCACCCUGCAUUGUAUUGUUUUUAAUUGUAAAGACAUAUAAAUCAAUAAAAUCAUUACGCAAUCAA